AUGCCAACAGAGUUCAAAUUGAAAUCGUUGGCCCCGGGUCCGCCCUCGGGUACUAUUCUGCAACUUCAAGGCAAACUCUCUUCAGUUAACCAAGAAACAUUAUCACAUUCAAGCACUUGUUAUAAGCGAAACGACUAUUAUCACAACACAUGUAUAGAAAUGCUAAGAAAUGGCUAUCACAAAGCAUAUUCUGAAAUGUUCAAUCUGAUCGAGAAGCGUAAGCUAGAAAUAAUCGCAGCUGGGCCUGGAACGCUGAUGUCGCUCGCCCCCGUCGUUCACGAAAAUAAAGAAUACUUGGACACAUUCAAGGAGAAGCUCACUGCGGCCGAAGAGGCCGAGCGGAAGAAGCGAGCAAGUCAAAGUCUACUCAAAUAUUUCCGAAUUGGCGCUCUACUUCAGCGAGCGGAAGCUCACCUGGCUUUCUCAUCACUUCUUCGAUAG